AUGUCAAUUAUUAAGGUGCUGCUGCUUAGCUGCCUGGCCUAUGGAGUCGUAGCCGUGCCUCCAGUCCCGCCGUAUGUGUCGCCAAUUGGAGCUGUAUCGCCGGGUUACAGACCCGGUCUUCCAGGCCCUAUUGCUUACGGAUCUGUGUUGGGUGGAGGCAUUGGAGGCGUUAGUAGAAUUGGAGGAGUUGGUGGAAUUGGAGGCAUUGGUGCAAUAGGUGGAGUUGGAGGAAUUUCAUCCGGCUAUCCGUAUGGUAGAGUUAACCAGCAGAUACCUGCUUACGGAUCCCUCAUUGGUCGUAAAUUCGGUGCUCCCGUUGGCAUUGUUGGUCGUCCUCGCAUAAACCCUGGCUACCAACAAGGCAUUGUGUCUCCAAUCUCUUCAGGUUAUGGCUACCAGGGAAUCCCCAAUAAAUAUUCUCGUGGUCCCUAUUAA